AUGCUCUUCUCCAACGUUGCCCUCGCGCUCCUCGCCGCCGUGCCCGCGAUCGCUACCUUCCCCAAGCCCGUCCCCGUGUGCGGCACCAAGACGCAGACUGUCGGUGGUACCAAGUGGACCACCAUCACCCCUCCCCCCGUCACCGUCACCCGCUCCGUGUGCCAGCCCUGCUACGCCACCACGACGUCGACGUGCACCAACUACUACUACUCGACCAACUGGCUGACUGUGACCUCGACCCAGCAGAACUGCGUCACCCUCACUCUCCGCCCCACGGCCACGACGACCAAGUGGCUCGGCACUGUCACCCGCACGUGCUGCACCAACGGCUGGAAGCGCGACGACGGCUCGUGGCCCGAGCCCACCGACCUCGCCCAGCUCACCAACGGCGACCGCUUCCGUCUGGGCCUCCCCCCCGCCGCGCAGGGCGGCGAGGAGAAGCGUUGGGGCUACCCCCCCGUCAACCCCCAGCCGUCGUGCACCCCCACCACGACGUGCGUCACCGACUGGACCACCAAGACCACCACGGGCUGCGCCCAGACUAAGUACGCCACGACCACCAUCUGCUCCCAGACCAAGUGGGUCGUCGUCCCCACCGCCACUACCGUCGUCCAGACCCGCACCGCUACCAAGACGCAGGUCGUCCAGGGCCCUCCCUCGACUAUCACCAAGAUGCCUGUCGCCACCACCACCAUCUGCCCCGGAUGGUACACGACCACCAUCUCCAAGAAGUGCUGGUAA